GUUUCUGCAAAUUCUGAUUACGACUACUAGUACUACUACUCAAUAAUGUCAAGAGCUAGCAUGCAUUAAAAUGCUUACUUGACUGGACUUUAUUAUGUUCAUAGCUUGCGUUCAGACGCUAAAGUAAUAAAAUAAUUCCGUGAAAUUAAUUAAUUCAACUGUCACCAGUCUUUUAUCAGAAACCAUUGACCUCGUUAUUUUUGCGAGUAUUUAAGACUGCCUUUCACCCCAACAACAAUAACAACAACCAAUUUGCAAAUUGCAAGCGAGUUAGCUCAUGUCAACUAUUUAGUAGUACUCUUUUAGGCUGCCUAUAAAUAAGCUACUGCUAUUACAUCUAAUAUAGCAGAAAAGAAAAGCCAUUAAUAUCAUUAUUGUGAUCAAUAAUAUAGCCAAUGGAAGUAAUGCAGCAGCUGAGAACGGAGGGGGGCGGAAAGGCGAAAACCGCGAAAGAAGUGAUGCAUAAUCUAAAGGAUGAUUUGGAGGAAAUUGUGGAAGAGGCUUUGUUGAAACGCCGGAGUAGGGUUGCCGGCCGUACUAUAAGCGACGGAAGUAGUACUCUCACCACCGUCUCUUCGGAUGCUUCCGAAACUUCCACCACCACCAGUUCCUCCUCGUCAUCCGGCGAAGACGUGUUAAUGGAUGAUACCCUCGUCGUCGUCAACGAGGAAACCGCCGCCGGGGAGAGUUCCGAUAAGAAGGAGAAGAAGGUAGAUAGCGUUUACUUCGACAAAAGUGAAGGUCAGUUUGAAUUACAUCUUCUCUCUCCCUUAUCUUUUACUCCAUUUUCUGUGCACUUCUGUAUUUUUAAAACUAAUUUUAUGCAUGUUGUUGUUGCUUAGAUAGAGCCUCAUAAAAUAAUAACACUUCCCUCUGGAUUAUUAAUUAUGGGACAAACUUUUUUUUUUUUGAAAAAAAAACCUUUUCCUUCCUAAUUUUUUAUUGGGCGGCUAGGGAAAGGGACAGAAAUUUUUCCAUUUUUCAAAAAAUAAAAAUAAAAAAAUUGGAUGGACAAAAAAUUAUUCUGUGUGGUAGUUGUACUGUAUUUUGUUUCUUAACGAAAAAUAAAAAUUUAAUUAGUUUUUGUUUCUUACAAUUAAGCUCGAGAUUAAUAUAUAAUGAGGUGAGAGUUUGGUUGAGACGGUUAGAGAUUUAGAUAGGAUUUGUUAUGAGUUUAUUGUUAAGGUAAUUUAAUUUUUUGAAAAAAAAAAGUAUUCCCAAAUAAAAUAUGCCUCUAUAUUAUGCUUUGCAGGUAUUGGAAAUCACUAAUUACGUUUUCAAAAAAAAAAAUGCUAUAACUGAAGUUUAAACUUCUAAUUCGAUCUUAAUUCUUUAUCUUCUGAUUUUAAAAGUUCAAAUUUUGCAAAUUCAAUCACUCGGGUGGUUCUCUUUUCCUUUUUUUUUUUUUUUAUGCUCUCCUUAAUCAAGAAAAAAAAUGCAAAUAGGUAGCUCUUUUAUAGUCCCGUACAUCAUUAUAUAUAUUAAAGUAAAGAAAGAUAAUCAACACUGUGUCGCUCAUUGAGACUAUCAAGUCUCAAUUAACACGGGUCAUUUGCUCAUUAGUUGAUCAUUAAUCAGUUAAAAUUUUAUGUAAACAGUUAAUAACUAAUAUUUACUAUAUAAAAUUUUUACAGAUAUUACAAAUUCUGGAUUGAGAGCUUAAAAAUGAAUAUUUUCAAAAAUUGUUGAGAACCUCCCGACUUAAGAAGUCCUUGCAUUUACGAAUCUAUUGUCAUUUUGGCCCUUAAAGUUCUAUUUGUGUGCUACUUAGUCUUCAAGUUUAUCGAUUUUAUAUAUUCAAGGACGAUUAAUUGUGUCUCAUAUUUUAUUAGAACUACAUCUAAUCCCAAAGUCCCCUUGCCUAUAAAUAGGCUAUAGGCAUCUAGACACAAUUUAUGUAUUUUUUAAAUAUAUUUUUUUAAAUCAAACAUAACAUUAGUUAGUGGUGACAAUUUUUAUUAGACAACUUUUGAAAAUCUUUGUUGUAAUAUUUUUGACCAGAUUUUACAAAUAUACAUAUCAUAAAUAAUAUCAAUGCCUCUCAUUUUGAUCUAAAAUUGAUUAACCAAAAAAAUAUUAUAAUUUUAAGAAAUAUUAAUAAUUACAUUAUCGAAUUAAUUCUUUUGGAAGAUACAAUUUUUAACGUUGAAGGACACAUACUAGUAGAAAGAAUAAUAAAAACUACUAGCUUGAUGAAUCUUGUUCUCUAGAAAGAUAUCACAGUACACGGACAUGGAUGGAGCUUCUUUUUCUUUUUUCUUUUUUUCAUGUACUGAUAAUAAAUUUAUUGGACUGGCUGCUCCAUAUUAAAUUAAGUACUAUUAACAUCCAUUCAUAAAAAACACGUGAGCAAUGCACCAAAAGACAAAAGACGAAAAGGCUUUUCUUUUAUUUCUUUAUUCAUUUGUUUUUUUUUUGGGGGUUACCUUUAAAAGGUCCUUUCUCCUUGUUCUUUGUUUGUUUAUCAUCGCUCAACAUCAAACGUGAAACGUCCCUUCGGAGAGAUUCCGGUAAAUUUUGGAGCGUUCUGUGUGCAACACAUUCAUUUCUUUUUCCCCAUUUUUUUUUUUAUUUUGUGGAAUUAAGUGAAACUUUCACCAACAAACCGUACGUCAUUAAGAAAAUAAAGAAAAUUGCGGGCCACUAUAUUUAAUCAUUUUAUUCUUCUUCCUUGCUUUGAAUAGAACUUUAGGUUUAGUUACGGUUGUGUUACGAGGUGAAAUGGAUAAAAAGUUUAUGUCGAUGGACCGUUAUUAUCAUGAAAUUUAAGAUUUGAUUCUCGCUCGAACUAUGAGUUUAAUGUAGUAGUAAUAGUAAUAAUAACUGUACCAAAAAACAAUAGUAGUCAUAAUAAUUACGAGUGUGUUACUGUUAAUUUUCACUUAGUUCUACUAGCUACCUAGCAGGGGAAAGAAUUCUAGAAUUUCCCACGGUUGAAUUUAUUGGGUGGCUGCUAGAAGUUUUCAUUAUUUAUUGGCUAUUGCCUUCUGGAGCUGGUCACUCUACCACCGGGCACCCAACUGUUGGAAAAUAUAGAGCUAAACAUGUAAACUCACUUCUGCCAUCUCAUAAUAAUUGCUUUCCCUCAAAAAAGGGAAUUGUUAUUGGGAGACGAAAGGAGUGUGUUUCAUCGACAAUUUGUUGUUAAAGUUAUCUUUAACAAAUCUUAAAUUUGUACCACACAUUUGUAUUUGUAUGGAAAAUCUAAUACUUGGAAUAUUUCACUGUUCCUAUAAAGACAAGUGGAAAUGUCGCCACUGCACUUGGACUUACCAAAACGGAUUUCCCCAGAUUGAUACUCCUAUUCACUCCAAACACUUCAAUUUUGACUUCACUACUAGAGGUUAGUAACUUAGUAUAUAUAGAUUACGUCCCACAUCAAUUCUGGACAAAAGUCAAAAAAUGAUUGUUCACUGUAUGCAAGCAGCCAUUUUUCAUCAACUUUCUGAUGACUAAGGGAAUCAGCAAGUUUACAAUAUAUUACUUCCGUCCCAAAAUGACUGUCUAACGAACAUAACAAUCAUUUUAGGAUAGGAGUAUAGUAUGUUGGACUUAUUUGCACUUUCAUCUAAGAGUGUAGUAUGCAAUAGCUAGCUAUUAUGAGUCGACUACAAACUUGUUCCUUACCACCCGAUUUUGCAUAAUUACGUACUUAAUUGUAGAUAUGAUGUGGAAAAUACUCAAUCUGCAGGAACUGAGCCUGAAAUCAAAGUCAAUGACUUUGAUAUUCAACAAGUUAUGGGUGCGGUCAUUGAUGCUCAACAAUUCGAAACAUCGGAGUACGAAAUACUCAGUACUUCAGCAGUUCCAGGCAAGAAACAGAUUGAAGGCACUGCAAUAUCAACUCACGAGCUGGAAGAGAGUGAUGAGGAAGUGGUUGAAUUGGAAUUCGAGACGGCCGUCGAGAAAAUGCACACUCACGAUGACUACAGUAUGUUCUGUCCCAAAUGCAGCAACCGGAUCACAAAGGUGGUUCUUCGUCGUAAAAUAAGGCGAAGGAGGAUUAUUCCUGCAGAGCGCCGAGACUUAUUUGGAUGUGCAUCAUGCUUCAGCAUCUUCGUCUCUUGUGGAAAUAGACUGAAUCCAAUCCGUUUCCUUAGACCUGAAAGAGAGAAUGACGAAAAUAAUCAGCUUCAAGAGCAACCGGCAUCAGAUAUACGGGUACAACCGGCAGGUAAAAAUGCACUGUAUAACGCGAAUAAUUCAUUUCCUCAUAAGGUUUUGAAUCUUAUAUAUCUUUGUGUAAGUUAUGCAGGAAGCGGAUGCAAUCCACUAUGGCUAUUUAGAAAGGAAAGAGAUGACUCAAAUGACUUAACAUCUCCCCUGAUAACUGAAGCAGAAACACAAGAAUCUUCUUCCACUACAGUUACUGAUCAAAAGCCAAAAGAUGAGGCCAUUGACCAAGGGAAGAAAUAUGAUCUCUUUUGGAUGUUUCGAAAGGGAAGAGAUUACAAGAAUGCGUUAUCUUCCGCGGUGCUUGCAUCUACAGAAAUACAAUCUUCUUCCACCACUACUACAGUUACUUCUACGCCAAGAGAUGAAUUAGAUGGUCAAAAACAGCAGGACAAAGAUGUUGAUUCUACUGAGCCAUUAGUAGAAGAUCACACGGCCACUUCUAGUACUACUACGACUACUACUACUACUACUACUACUACUACUACUACUGUGGAAGUUCAACAACAAAUCGCAGGAAAGAUUGAAGACAAUUUCGACGUUGCUUCUGUUGCAGACAACAACAUUCUUCAGAUACCUCCUCCACCACAAGGAAAUGCCGAGAACGGGGAUUUCAUUAUCGACAUCAUCACCAAACAAAACCGUGAAGUGAUACUUCCUUCCCAAGAAGCACCAACAACAACCGGAAUCCUACAGUCAGCUGCUGUGAUCGGUGCUACCGUUGUCGCACAACCACCGAUUGUACCGGAACCGGGAGAUUCUAAGUCGGUGGAGAUAGUGAAGAGUAUUGUGUAUGGAGGUUUGAUGGAGUCAAUAGCUAGCUUGAGCGUCGUUUCAUCGGCAGCAGCUUCAGAUGCUACCACAUUGAACAUUGUGGUUCUUGGAUUCGCCAAUCUUGUUGGUGGGCUUGUGGUCCUCGCUCAUAACCUUAAAGACUUGAGAUAUGGCGAAAAUGGCCAAACCAACGAUCAGAAAUACAAGGAAGAACUGGGAAGAAAAGAGAAUUUCCUUAUGCAUGCAACAUUGGCUAUUCUGUCAUACAUUACAUUUGGACUAAUCCCACCACUUACGUACGGAUUCGCAUUCCGGGAGACCAAUAUCAAUGAACAACGGGACUACAAAAUGUUGGCUGUUGCAGCUGCUUCUUUACUGUGCAUUUUCAUUCUCGCAAUCGGUAAGGCUUACACAAAAGGAGAACACAAGUUCAUGUCGUACUUCAAAACGGUGUCGUACUACGUCACCUCCGCGGUCGCCGCCUCCGGGAUCGCGUUCGCAGUUGGGGAGUUGGCCAAUAAAUUUAUGGAGGAAAAUGGCUGGUUAGAUCCUGCUGCAGAUGUUCAUCCUCCACCCACUUCAUUCCAUUCCACCUGGGCUUCUUACUGAUUGAUCGUCAAUUAGGAAACUCGUAAUCAAUUAUGUUUUAUUUUGCUGUUUGUUUGUUUGUUUGUUUUUUUUUUUUUCCUUUUAGAUUAAUUUGUUAGAUCCAAGAAGAGACGAUUUGUGUGACUUGUUGCUAGUGACUUGUGUGUUACGUACCCAUCUUCAUAUAUUUGUCGUUUAUUUUGGGGCUUUCUAUACCACCCAUUUCUUGUAUUAUCCAAUCGCGAUUUCCUUACCAUCUCAAAC